UCCCACACCUCCAGCAAGAUAUAAAAGUUGAAGGUCUCUGGGACUUCCUUGCGUUCUCGCCUUCUGCAGCCUCUUGUUCUCAUCUGGAAGAAAAAUGAAGACAUUGGCUGCAAUCCUCAUUUUCCUGGGAGUCCUUUGGGCUCAGACUUCUGCCCUGGACACCUUUGUCCUGCGGGAUCCUGUCAGCAAUUAUGUCACUGGCACCAUGACCAUCCACAGCGAGGAGCACAUCGUCGAUGUCCACGUCCGCUCCGGCGUGUACUCCUCAGACACCAUUUUUGACUACACACACGGCUAUAUUGCCACCAGGCUAUUCUCACGAAACGCCUGCUUUAUCAUGAAAAUAAAGAAGGACUUGAUCCCAGAGCUGCGGGAGAUCGGGCGUUUGGCUUUUGAGAGACAGACCAUGAAGGAUGUGUACUCCCCAAACAACGUCUGGGCCCAGUUCCAGAGUGGCUCCUCCUGGCUGGGGCGUUUGAAGGACUGGAUCCUGUAUGGGAAGUACAUUGAGAAUCUCUGCACGGGGCUCCCUCUCUACCAGCUGGUGUCCACCCAACCACCAAUGAAUGUUGAUGGCUGUGCCAGUGCCGGGAUUCCAAGCAUUUUGGGCCUUAAAAUCUGUGAAGAACUCAUUACAACUGGAUCUUGACAUUCCUGGUGCAAGGAAAUGCCUUUUUGCAUGUUUUAAUGAUGGUUCUGCAGCUGGAGCAGAACUCAGGGACCAGGCUCAACCUGCCUAUGCAAAGCUUUGAUGCAUAACAUAAAUAAAUAUAAUGCUUUAAUAAAUAAAUAGAA